AUGGCUCCACCCCACCCCCACCUGUUGUCCUUUGUGGAAUGUGAGCCGUGUGAGGGUGAUCUCAAGAGACAUCAGAGGAUCCAUUCUGGAGAAAAGCCACAUCAUUGUUUGCAGUGUGGAAAGGCCUUUACACAGAUGUGUCAUCUCAAGGCACAUCAGAGGAUCCACUCUGGAGAAAAGCCACAUCAGUGUUUACAGUGUGGAAAGGCCUUUACACAUAAGAGUGAUCUCAAUCUACAUCAGAGGUUCCAUUCUGGAAAAAAGCCACAUCAGUGUUUGCAGUGUGGAAAGGCCUUUACACAAAAGGGUGAUCUCAAGAAUCAUCAGAGGAUCCAUACUGGAGAAAAGCCACAUCAGUGUUCGCAGUGUGGAAAGGCCUUUACACAGAUGGGUAAUCUCAAGAAACAUCAGAUUACACACACUGGAGAAAAGCCACAUCAGUGUUUGCAGUGUGGAAAGGCCUUUACACAGAUGUAUCAUCUCAAGGUACAUCAGAGGAUCCAUUCUGGAGAAAAGCCACAUCAUUGUUUGCAGUGUGGAAAGGCCUUCAAACAGAUGUAUCAUCUCAAGCUACACCAGAGGAUCCACACUGGAGAAAAGCCACAUCAGUGUUCGCAGUGUGGAAAGGCCUUUACACAUAUUAGUAAUCUCAAGAAACAUCAGAUUACACACAAUGGAGAAAAGCCACAUCAGUGUUCACAGUGUGGAAAAGCCUUUACACAAAAGAGUGAUCUCAAGAUACAUCAGAGGUUCCAUACUGGAGAAAAGCCACAUCAGUGUUCACAGUGUGGAAAGGCCUUUACACAAAAGAGUGAUCUCAAGAUACAUCAGAGGGUCCAUACUGGAGAGAAGCCACAUCAGUACUGGUGCUCCAGCUAG